AAUACCUACAUUAUUACCUAACGGAGUGUAAUUUAGCGUGCUAUAACUUCGAAAAGACUAUAAAGUUGUAUUUCCCGCGUAUUACAAAUUGUAAAUACAACAAAAAACAUAUUUUAGACAAUUUAUAAGUGAAAUGUGCAAAUAAGCGAUAGCACGGUACAAAUUAUCGUAAGAGAAAAUCAAAUCAAAUAACAGAGAAAUGAAAAGCAAUAGAAACAAGUUGGUUGGAUUAAGUGUGAGAACGUACUGUCUCAUUAUUAGAAGGAAAUACGGUCCAGUGAUAGUUUGUUUUGGAUUUUUGAGCAUGUGGUUCCUCCUCUACAGACAUGUAUUUCAGGGAAAUCAAGUUUCAGUGCCCGACUGGGUUAAGACAGAAGAUUAUCCACCGUUUGAACCGGAUGUGCACGAGGACUUUCCAACCGGUCCGGAGUUUGAGCCUCGAAUUCCUCAUAUACUUCAUCAAGCCUACGUCGACAAUUACAUACCAACAACAUUUGCUUCAAACAUCAAUAAUUUCCUUGAAAGAAAUUCCGACUGGAAAUAUUUCUUAUGGACAGAGCAAUCAUCCCGGAAGUUGAUUAUAAAAAAGUAUCCCUCUCUGCUGGGUUCAUUGACCUUGCAGAUGAAUUUUAAAGACCAAACUGAAAUCCUUCGUUACGUUGUGCUCCAUGAGUUUGGAGGCGUUUAUGCUGAAAUGCCUUUACAAUGGUUACGGCCACUUCGUAAAAUAACUUUCAAAUAUGCUUGUGUGAUUACAACGUUACCUUUUGAAAGAGCAUCUUUAGGGUACAAGAAACCUUACUUGUUGAAUAAUGAGUUGAUAUUUUGUAGAGCAAAACAUCCGUUUUUAAAACAAAUUAUCGAUAGAUUACCAUUGUACCAGCCAAUGCUGGAAAAUGAAGACUUUACUGGACCACAUUUUGUGACAAGCCAGUUAAUGAUAUAUAAUAAACAGAAAUAUUACAAACAACUAUUUAGUUACACUAAUUCUUCAUAUUUCUUUGCAAGCAAACUUCUCGAUGCACACGAAGAUACAGUGUUUGUUCCGAAUUCUAAUUACUUUUCUUUUAACUUAGAAUCACUGUAUGUUUUUUGCGAUGAUUUCAUAAAUCUUUCAUUCAUAGAGAAGAGAGGGUGUGUCGAACUGCAGAGAGGGCGUGGCUUUAAUAAAUUUGCAUUUACUUAUAAUCGAGGGAAAAGACCAAGAUACGAGUCAAUUCUUAACUUCUUGUUUAGGGUUGAAAUAUCACAUAUAGCUGGUGAACACUUAAUUAUAUAUUGAUGUUAAAAACGAUUAAAACAGUUACAAUUAAACAUGUCAUAAAUACCCCUG